AUGUCGCGUGGAGGCAGCCUUGGUACCAUCCUGGUUACCGGUGGUGCUGGGUGGCUUGGAUCGUACAUUGUCGAACUUCUAGUUAAUGAUUCAGACUUCUCCCAAGUUGUGUCCAGUGUCGAACCUCAAGUUACUCCCAAUCGCCAGAUUCCUGGAGUCAUCUAUCAUGAUUGCGACAUCAGCAACUCCACCCAGCUCCGAGCGCUUCUCGACAAGGUCAAGCCACGCAUCAUCAUACACUCAAUUGGGCCUGGCUUCUUCGCAUCUCCAGAGGCCCAUCGCCGCGUGACUUACGACCUUUCAAAGCAGCUCAUCGCUGAGGCGCGCAAACAUCCAAGUAUACAAGCAGUAGUGUACACAGGGACCGUAGAAGGCAUGAACAUGACACCCAAGGACAACACCCGACCAAUGCGUGAAGAUGAGGUCACUCUACACAGCCUUCACUCGGGACCAAACGCGUACUCUCGCACAAAAGCUGCUGUCGACAGGCUCAUGAGAGAAGCCAACACCCCAGAAGCUCUGGACAAUACUUCUGGCAACUACGAAAACCAGCUCCUCACAACCGUCCUCCGUGUUACGGGACUGUACGGGCCCCGAGAUCGCCUCACGGUGGUGGAGAUGCUGAAAUUGGUCAAUACACCAAAUACCAAGUUCCAGCUCGGCCCCAAUACGCUCGUUCAUGACUGGAUACAUGUGGAGAACUGCGCUCGAGCACAUGUCCUCGCUGCGAAAGCGCUCGUAAACCCAACUGGCGAGAGAGCCGAUGGCAGAGGUUUCUUUGUAUCCGACGGUAAACCCAAGAAGUUCUGGGAUUUCACCCGCAAGAUCUGGGAGGAGGCAGGAGACGCAAAUUGGGCUCCAGAUGGGCCGCACAAGGUCAUUCAGAUUCCCUUCUGGUUGGUGCUAUUUGCCGUUGGCUCUAUCGAGUGGUUGUUCUGGAUCUUCACCCUCGGUAUGGUCAGGCCAAGCGCCAGUACCAUGACUUUCGAGUAUAUGAAGACGGGCGGCUGGUUCGACAUCAGUGAGACACGGAAUGUGUUGGGGUAUGAGCCUGAGUUCGACACGGAUGAGGGAAUUCGGAGGACCAUCCAGUGGUUCAAGGAGAAUGGGGGCUGGAACAAGGAUGUAUAA